AGUCUGAACGAAGCGUCCGUCGGCGGCGUCGGGAUAAAUACAUAAAAAUAUAUUCGUAAAUAUUGGAAUACAUGUCCUUUUUUUGUAUGUUGUGAUUUGGUUUUCGUUGCCAAGAGAUAAAUGGGACUUAAUUUGUGAUUCUUGGAUUUUAUCAUUUAUUUUUGAAGUGCUUAUAAACUUUAAAAUUUUCCAAAUAUUGUACACGAACCAUCAAAAGUCAUUGUCAUAUUAAACAAAGCGAAUGCUGCUGCUUCAAGCUCCAUUGUGUCCUGUAUAGCGGUUUUUCCACUUCUGAUAUAUCAGCACAAAAUCAGACCUCAUCUACAAGCACAAUUUCUACAAUCUCCAUUGCAGUUGAACAAAUGAGGUCCUCAGUAAGAAUACUGGUAGAAAUGAUUCCAUUGGAACGGAAGAGUAUCAAAACUGUUUAGCCUACAAAAUGCUAAUACCGACACAAAUGUACCUGAUACUGCUGCUUCAGUUGAUCAAGGAGACAACAUGCUGUUCAAUAUUUUGUGCUUGUAUGUGGAAAAGCGGAAAACAGACAGUCGAGUGCAAAAAUAAAAAUCUCUCAGAUAUUCCUAACGGCCUCGAUAUGACGACGCAAGUGCUGGACUUUUCCGGGAACAGACUCGGGCAGCUUUACGAAAAUAUGUUUUCUAUAAAAAAACUAGAGAGUCUCCAAAGACUUUAUUUAUCAAACUCUUUGAUAAAAUCAAUACAUGAAAGCGCUUUCGCGGGUUUAACUAACCUAGUGGAAUUGGAUCUCUCGAAUAAUUUGUUAGAUGCAGUUCCAAGUAGAGCUUUCGUGCAAUGUCCUCUCAUGAAACUAAUAAUGUCUUCAAACCCCAUAACCGUAUUGAAAAAAGCCAGUUUCGAGCACUUAUCUCAAUUGAAUAUGCUAGAGUUAAGUGACUGUUAUAUAUCGGAUAUCGAAGAAGGAGCUUUCCAGGGUCUUCACAGUUUGGAAUGGUUGCAUAUAGCCGGAAAUCGUUUAAAGACAAUACCAGGUCGAAGAACACUUCCUGAAUACGUAAAAGGUAUAACCUUGGAAAAAAAUAUGUGGGAAUGCGACUGUCACAUUAUCGAUUUAGCUAAGUGGCUGAGGGAAUUUAAAAGUGUAUUAUCAAUAGAACCAGUUUGUUACAAACCUCCAAAACUAGCUUCACGUUCUAUAAGAUCAGUGCCGAUUCAGCAAUUAGCAUGUUUACCCAAUAUCACCCCAACUUCGUUUUAUUUGGAAUUGGGUGAAGGUAAAAAUGUUUCAUUAACAUGUCACAUACAAGCAGUUCCGGAAGCUUCUGUGUCGUGGUGGUUCCAAGGUGAAAUGCUAGAAAAUGAUACAAUAGUAGCACCGGGAAUUCAUUUAAUUUAUUACGUAGAAGAAGGAGCGGAGAAUAAACGAAGUGAACUUUUUAUUUAUAAUGCUAAUGCUGAUGACAAUGGAACAUUUAUAUGUAAUGCAGAAAAUAACGCAGGUACCACACAGGCGAACUUUACUAUCAAGAUUAUUCUUAAGGAAGAGCCGCUUGUGAUUGAAGUUGUCUUUCCAUUCGAAUAUAUUUUGAUUGCUAUCGUAGGGAUAUCUAUACUCGGAAUUUCAGUGUUAAUAGCUCUUAUUGUAUUAAUCAUCAAAUGUAAACAAGAAAAACAGAGAAAACAUAAGCUUUGUCACACGGAAGAUAUGGUUAUACAAUAUCAUAAUGGGAAUAAGCUGAGUGAUGGAGUCAAGAGCUUAACCAAUUCUUUGAUGCAAAUAAAUACCCCGAAUCCAAGCGAAGAAUUGACUAGCUUCGAAACCCAAUCGUGCGAAUUGAUGUCUAGCAGCACUCUCUCUCCUAUCAGAGAUACUCGUCAAAUUAGAAGUCCUGAUUCCCUCCGAGGCAUACAACUCAAACAGAAUCCUGACAUCAUUAAUGGUUGUAGACGAGAAGGGGAUGGAGAAGAUCAUAAUAAUCAUGAAUUAUGUCAAAAUGAGUAUGUUAAUUCGAUACAAAUACCAAUAGCAAGAUUGCGGGAAAGUACCGAAUUUCUUGAUGGAGGCAGAUGUGUGGUUGAUCCCGAUGGAUACCCACUAGAUUACGGCUUACCGAAGUUGCCCUGUCGAACGGUGCCGAAUCAGUUUACCACCGAAGCGUAUUAUAGGACGUUACCGUCAAAUCGGUUGAAGAGACAUUCCGCUGCGAAUCCUUUUCGAAGGAUUUCUCGAGAGGCUGAAUUUCUUUCAAGGAGUGUUGAUUCUCCAUACGAUAAUACGGUGGAUGUUCGAUAUACAGCCGAUGGAUAUCCCGUGAGGACACAAAACCAAGAUCCAAAGUAUCCAGUAGACAAUUUAGUGGACGCCAUAUCUCCAUCGUCCCAUCCCCAUACUCCGUGGCCUGCUUGUGUUCCCGCCAACAUUCACUUACUUAGCUCAAGCAUAAACCCAAAUUUGGUACACAGUGUAAAUUCCAACGUGACCAUGACUUAUGGUCCGCAAGCUUUUUCUAGACGUAGUGCGAGUGCUCAAACCGAUAACGAAAACGUAGACUAUAUAAAUCAACAGAUUUCGAAUCAGUCCGGAUCUAAUGUUGGUAGUGGUAAUAAUAAUAUAAGUGAAUCUGCACUAAAUGUACAAAGUGAUGCUUUGAGUGAAAUGUUAACGGAAAGCCCCGAUGAAGGAUAUGAGGGAGAACCUUCUGUUAUUUAGUUUGUUUUUGGUUUUUAUUAAUUGGAAGUUGAGAACCUUAAAGGCAGAAAUUUCGUAGAAGGAAUAAAUCUAAUCAUAAUAAACAAGAAGCCGGUUGGUACUGUACUUUCAAUUCUGUAUUAAGAGAAGAGCUGUUCAGAUAAACACGAACCGUGUGCGAAGAAGUGUAGGUUGGAAAUGAAUCGAUAUUGCUAUACAACUAACUUAUACAUUUAUUGAUUGAUUCAAAACCAGCGAGACUAUGUAUUAUUAUUUGACUCUGAUGUUUUAAUCAACAAUUAAUUUGAAAUAAUUAAGUUAAAAUUCAUACAGUGACAAAUGAAUUCCAUUUUCAACGGUGCUUAUAAUUGAAAAUAAUAUAACAGGGAAUUAUGAUCAAAACAAAUAAAAUUUUUGGACACAAUUAUUUACCUUUUCAUUUGAUCAUUGGUUCUAACUACUCGUAUAAAAGAUUUACAAUAAAAGGGGUAGCACGUGAUAUCCAAAGUAAAAAGGCAAUCUUAUUCUCCCACAGCAACAUACAGACGCAGCUGCUUGACAUGAUGCAAGACAACGUACAAGAAAAUACAUACAAUCUCUUGCAAGAUUGAUUUAUUGCUUAGAUAAUAUAUAUAAUAAGUAAAACGUAAUAUCAGUAAAUUAGAAACUCAUUCCUCUCUAGAAUUGCAAGCUGCUCGCAAUAAAAAUUGCUCAAGACCGAUAAAGUUGCAAGUGUAAGAUCCUGCAUAGAAUAAUCAGAUGAACUUUAUCUGUGUAUGCUUUUGAUCUUGAAAUAUUGCGUCUUCCAUUGCAUUGCGCGUUGUCUUGCAAGAUGUUAACCUGCUCCAAACAUCACUGUGAUAAAUAACUAGCAAUCCAUAUGUAUUUAGUGUACUGCAUAUUCUUUUUGCAAGUGUUGCAAUUUCUAACCGCGAAGUGAAUAACAGCAAUUUCAUUAGAUAAAACUUUGAUUAUUCUGGCUCUUCACCACAACAACCAAAAUGAAUUUUAUAUUGGUAAAUAAUCAUGUUCUUUUGCAGCUAGCAUUUCAAAAAACAUAUCUGAUAUACUACACAAAAGCUUUCAGCGAUUUAACGUCAUGCGUUCAUAAUAAUUGCGGUAUAAUUUUUCAUACAUCUCUGAUCUAACAAAAAAAAAAGAAGUAUGCCCGAUAGAGGGUCUUGAUUAAGAAGAACUCGGUACUAAAUAAGAAUUUGAACUUCAAACAUAAUACAAUUAGAGAUUACGAGAUUGGACCGGAAGUAGAUGAUGAUAAUACCAAUUUAUUUUCAGAAUGGAUAUGUAAAUCCUUCAUCUAAAUCACGGGUGGUAUAUCAGUUUAUUUGGAUAUAGUGAUAUGAAUUUUCAAGAUAUUUGUUGUAUAACGUAGUUAAUACAAAAAUACGCAUCUUUCUCUUAUCUCGCAUAAGAUAUAGUUAUUCUAUUGGAGUUGAGGUUUUUGAAGAGUAUGAAAACCGUAAAUAAAAAUUUGACGAGUAUUCACUACAUUUAACAUAGGAAAUCGAUAUAAAUUUCAAAUAAAACAUAAUAUUUGCAACCAUAUUAAUGAGUUUAUUCGAAGCUAUAUUUUGAUAUUUGAAUCAUAACUGUACAGCUCUAUCUUAAUCUUUUUUGAUAGUGGUCUAUCAAUUGUGGAUGUGUCAAAAAAGCGAAUAAAGCUAAACUCAAUUGAGAAGAUAUCAACUAGUUGCCAGCUGUUUCCAAUGAAAUGAAAUAAUAGAUCAUUAGGGUCCGUUGUAACGGUGCUAUUCAGAUAAUCAUUUUAAAUUUCACAGCUGCAUUCAUUAACAUUACAAACAAAUUGGUAAACGGAUUAAAUGCGACACGUAAAUCGUUUGUGCGAAGGUAUUAAUAGAAAUAUAUUGAACUUUUUAUUUCAACAUUCUUUAUUUACUUGUUUUUUCAAUAAAUUUCAAUAACCGUAUUUACACUUGCAAUCCAAUUAUUCAAAGUGAACUACUAUUUUGGUUAGAUGGUUACAUGGAAAAUUUAGACUAUCGUAUCGUUUGAUUGUGAGAGUGUAGUAAUCUUUCAAACUAUAUACCAGAGGUCGGCAACCUGUUCACAAAUUAGUGCAAUUUUAAAUAAAGCCAAAGUGCCGUUCAACGGAGUACAUGUUUUCAUAAAAUUCAUUUUUUUUCAAAAUUUGAAAAAUUUUUAGAGAGAUUCUUGUCCUUGUCUUUUCCAACGAGAUCUUUUCUAUUUGUCGUUUUUGUCCAGUUACUCUCAAUAUUACAAAAGCCUCUGAUUGUUUUGUUGUGUGCUGACUUUGAUAUGAUUCUAAAUAAUUUCCAUAUGAGGAAAAAUUUUCUCACAAAUAUCACAAUCUGAAUGCUUCAAACAUUGCAAAUGGUAUUUUUUAUGCAAAUAUAUUCAUCUGGAAAACUGGAUCAAAUAUUCAAUAUUUCGUUUGAUAUAUACUGAGAAUCACCUCCUAGAAUUACUUUUCUUUUUAUUUCCACAUUUUUUCUCUUUCAUAACUCGGAGUUCCUAAAUACAAUAUGCUGAAGAUCAAAAUCCAUUCGAAAAUAGAAUUUAUUAAGUCUGUUGUAUUAUCGCGAAAACGUACUGAUUUUCAUUUAAAAAAAAUUCUAGAAAUCAUACAAAUAUAGAACAGCUUGUGACCCGUUAAUUGCAACAUAAGAUUCAGUUCUUCGAGAUGAUUAGUAGUAUCAAUUAGGAAUAGCAUCUCACAAAUCCUUUCUUUAUCUAUUUAAUAAAUAAGGACUUGAGCUUGAUUUUUACAGCGGCUAAACCAGCAAACAAUUUUCACACUAGUAUUCAUAACGAAUUUUACGCUUCCGCUGGAGAUCCAUGUGUAUGAAAUUUCUUUAUGAAUAAUGCAAUGAAAAUUCAAAAGUAGUUGAUCAAUGUAUGGAGUAAUAAAAUUUUAACAAAUUCUGAUUGCCAACUGGGAAAUGUUAUUAACAUCGACACGCUCUCCCAUAAAAUACUGAAUACGAUGUUACGUUUAAUGGCAUCGAUCUAUUGUACAUAUUCUGCGAUUCCGGUAACUUGCUUGCCAAUAGUUCGCGCUUACUCUUUAGGAAAAGCAUUGAACCAAACAUUAGCAUUGCUCAGAAAGGUCUUCCUUCUCUAUCAAAAUUGGUGCGAUUCUAAAAUUUCAUUAGGUUGCUUGAUACCUUGUGUAAUUUUGUUAUUUAUACUGAGCAACUGCUUUUUGAAUGAUCUCCGGGUAACAGCAUCAUCUCCAUCACUUGUCCGACUGAGUUUCGUUGCCAGUUCCGUGGAAUAUUUAUAGUAAAUUUACAAUGAAUGAAAUAAAAAUUUGAUAUUUCUUCUAAUCCUUCAUCUUAUAAUACUUUACACUUUACAAAGUGAUGCAUGUCAUUUUAAACAGACGGUCGUCACAGGUCUAUCACGCUUUUCUAGGUUUCCGAUCUCUGCCAUAUAGAUUGUAUAAAGCUUUUAAGCAAAAAACAAUGAGAAUUCUCUUAUUUCAAUCUAUUUUUUGAACUGAGUAUAAUACGAAGUAUUUAUUUAAAAACAUAUGUGGGUAAUAUUCACUAUCAAUCAUUUUGAAAUGAUGUAUGAAUUUUAAUGUUCUCAAAGGAAGUAAUUUAAUGUUAACAUAUAUGCGUUUCAUCCUAAUUCACAGGAAUUUUUGGAAAAUGGUUCUCAAUCGCCAGUAAACAAUGAUCUAAUUCAAUAUUAAAUUCGUCUUCAAGAUUUUAAUAUAACUAGUUUUAAAUUCUAAAUCCUGUCGUAACGUUGACUUUAGGUUCCAAAUAACUUCAUGAAUAAAAGUAUAAUUGGAUAAGAUCGAAUGAUUUAUCGGGUCUUCACAUCGUCUUCCAUCUUCCGAUCAAUAGAUAAGAGAAAGAUUUAUCUAUAAACCGAUGCACAGGUAGUUGAGUUUGGCAGGAAAUUAAUCUUAUAUAUAUAUAUAUAUAUAUAUAUAUAUAUAUAUAUGAUGAUGUUACAUUCUAUAAAAUUAACAAUAACAUAAUAACAGAAUGGGAUAUUUAAACUUCAAUUCCUGUCAAUCUAUGUCACAAAAAAGAUCAGUGAUGAUAAUUUUGGCUGAUAGAUCUAUUCUACUAUUCAGAUCCUGAAUUUAGAUGCUAUUCAAACAAAAAGCAAAAACUGCAUUGGAAGAAAAUAGUUAUCCGGGAAAAAUGAUAAAUAAAAUAUUCAAGAAAAGGAUAAACAGUUGAAACAUUUAGAAAAGCAUUGACAUGCAUCCAAUCAUUAGAAUGCAAAAAUUUGCAUUGAAUAAGUCUUUUGGAACUUGAGUGGCUUUUAGAACUUUUUGUUAGUCACAAUAUUGGAGAAAGCAUACGGAUAUAUCACAUUCUAAGAAGGAACACUUAUGAUUUAGUAUGGUUUCAUAAAUCUGUAUUUAAUAUAUUGCUGCUUAUAAUAAUGUGAAUUGAUAAGUUGAUUCAAAUUGACAUUUGGUGUACUAAUACGUUCUCCUCUUUAUUGAGUUUGGUCUUUUUAAAUAUUAUCAAUUGUGAUGUGAUUGAAUUAAAAAUAUAUUCUAUAAAAAUAUUUCACACGAGUUUGCAGAAUUGAGCGAACACGAGUAAAAUAGAAUUUUCAACACAUUCUGUACACUAUAUUUUUCCCACAACCGCAGAAAAAUGCAGUUAAUAUUCAUUUUUCAGCUCACAGAAAAUUUCAAUUCUCUAGGUGCCACACGCCAAGGUUUCAGAACUCAAAUUUAAAAUAUUAUUCGGUAAAGUAGUUCAACUGCGGACAAAAUUAUUAUGCCAUUGUAGGGAAAUGUAGACAUUAGUAAUCACUGACCUGCGUGCAAAAUAAAAACACAAGAUGGUCAAUCAGAUUUCUCAAGUUUUCAUUUCACAUGGGUGUGUCAUUCGUUCGUUUCCUUGUUGAAAUUGUUGGCAAUUUAAAAUUUUCUAUAUGGGAAAACUGUAUGGAAUAUGUAAUAUUUUAUAUUGGUUGUCGAGAAAGUUAUUGUGUUCAAGAGAAGUAUGAAAUGGGAAAUUAUUCAUCAAAAUAACUGAUGAGUGAUAAAUGUAUUUGACAUUUCCACAAUACGUAUGGGACAUAAGUUAGGUUCUAUUACGUUGUAACCAUAUGUAAAUAAUUUUGGUCAUAUUUGGUUAAUAAUUGCAUUCAAAUUGUCCAAAUAUUAUAAGUAAAUUCAUGGAAUCAAAUAGCUCGGCCGCUAUAAAUAUUUUAGAUUAAUUUUAAUAUUGUCAAGAAACGUACAAUUCACGUUAGAAAAUGAAUUUGGUAAUUAAUGCUAAUUGUGUAUAUUAUUCUUUCCUCGAAGCUUAUGUCUAUUACGUUAUCAAAUUAUUUUUGUGUUUGUUGGAAACAGGGUAAUUUUAAUCUCGAAAAGUGAAUUGAAUUGAAAUUCUAAUCACUGUACCGCUUUCUAAAUGAUUAAAUUUGUUCAAGAAACUAAUACACCAGCAAUGUUAACAUUGAUUUAAAAUGUUAUAUGAUACUAAAUACAUUUGGGAAAUAAUAGAGGCUGCAAGGAAAAGUGUGCUGAUCCCACAUACAUUACUGAAGAAUUAAUGAUUCAGUACUUGAUUUAGCGUUGUGAAAGCAGCAGUCGGGAUUUCUUGGUUCCUGCUUGAAACAACUUGCCAAAUGAUUGAAAAUCGGCAUUUGAAAGCAGAAAUGCCGCGUUUUCCACAUUUUAAUAGAUGAAUUCGAUAUCACGCAUCCUUGCGAACGGCAUUUGAUCAUACGCUCAUUCAAAUAAAGUUCAAAAGUAGUACUAUUACGCAAAAAAUUACAACUGCUACAAUUUGUAGAUAUGUGGUUAUUGAAAAGUAACUUUUAUGGGGAUUAUAUAAUAAAUGUUUCCUUUGUGUGUGAAGCAGGUCUGCAGUGGAGUAACAAUAUAUGGGUCAAAUUUAACUGGAAAGUUAUCAACUUUAUCCGUAAUAAGAUGUAUUAAGUAUAUACAUCUUGUGGACCCUAAAAUGUUCUAUAAUCGGAGGGAAUGGAGUAUUUAAAUAACUAGGAGAAGGUAUAUGCUUCUUAUAGAGCCAAAGAAUCACCUUUUGCCUCCGUUCUACAUUCAAUUCAAUAUAACUGGAAGGAUAAAAAAACUAUCAGAGUAGUGCCACCUGACAUGCAAGUCCAAUAGAAAAAAAGUUAUUACGUUACUAUUACGUUACCACACCAUCACUGGUCACAUUAUCCUUACUAAAUGUAUAUUUUUAAACCUUCUCCGUAAAUUUCUCAAAAUCCUUACAUUCGGAAAAAUAUUUUUAUUGCAUAAUUCAGUCGCUUUCCGUAUCUGAAAAAGCGGAACACUGGUUAGAAUCAUAGAAUUUUUUCACUUGAACAAAACGUGUAUCUAAUAUGGAUGUGAGUAGAAAUGUAUUAUCUUGUUAAGAAUUAGAAUAGUUCAAAUUAAAAGUUGUCAUGAAUAUCCAAUCAAACAGUGAUACAGAUGGAUUUUGUAAAUUUUGUCUGUAAUAUACAAUUGUUAAAGGUAA